GAGGGGCAGAGUGUGAGAGAGAGAGUGGCUCGUAGUGACAGCGGGGUCAGAAGGAAGGAGGCAGAGAGAGAGUGAGAGAGAGAAAGAAGGAGAGAGGACACCCGGAGGGGAAAAAGAACAGGAAAGGGAAAAAAGCGGACAAAAGAGGAUGAUGGAGGGGAAGAAAAAAGGUGGGGGGUAAAGCUGAGGCUCUCCGGUUGCCAGGGCUGGACAGAGACGUGUGAAGACGGACAGGAGGAGGAGAAGUGUGGCUCAGGGUGAGAGAGAGAGAGAGAGAGAGAGAGAGAGAGAGAGAGGAAUCGUGCAGAUGUGUGUACAAUGCAUAAUUGACAGUGUGCUGGCCGAGUCCUGAGCGCGGCUGACUGUGCUCUGCUGGUGCUGCCUGGUGAACGUGCCUGGAGGAUUAUAACAGAUAAAGAAGAGAGGAGAACGGUGCGUGAAGAGAAAGGGAGGGAGCCAGGGGUCAGCAUUUGAGUGGACAGCUGAAUGGAGGGUCCGGAAGGGCCAUAGAACGAGGGCAAGGUCAGCCUGUGGUCGCCUAGGUGAAGCGCUCGAGGAAAAUCACGUGGAGGGGCAUCCUGGGACAAGGCAGCACGAGACAGGGUCCGUUUCCCUCCACAUCCCUCUCUUCCUUGUGGUUUCAUCAGGAUAGAAGAGCCGGCCAGGCUAAGGAUUCAGAAGAACUGGCGAGGCUGAAGACUCAGAGGAACCAGCCAGGCUGAAGAUUCAGAGGAACUGGCCAGGCUAAGGAUGAGCAUGAUGAACACGGGCACAUGUUCUCAAUGCUGAAGAACUUGCGGUAGAGGCAGCCUCUCUUUCUCUUUCUCUCCCUGCCACUCCUGCUGCUGUCCCACCUCCAGGAAGAAGAGGAGAACCUCACGGGUCCUUUGAGUCAGUAACAGGUGCUUGGUGGAUGCCUCCUGUGUCCAGCCAUGGGGGAAUGGACCAUCCUGGAACGCCUCCUGGAGGCUGCUGUCCAGCAGCACUCUACUAUGAUAGGAAGAAUCCUGCUGACAGUGGUUGUGAUCUUCCGGAUCCUAAUCGUAGCUAUCGUGGGCGAGACAGUGUACGAGGACGAGCAGACCAUGUUCAUAUGUAACACCCUUCAGCCGGGCUGCAACCAGGCCUGCUACGACAAGGCCUUCCCCAUCUCGCACAUCCGCUACUGGGUCUUCCAGAUCAUCCUAGUGUGCACCCCUAGCCUGUGCUUCAUCACCUAUUCCGUGCACCAGUCGGCCAAGCAGCGUGACCGCCGCUACUCUUUCCUGUACCCAAUGCUGGAGAAGGACUACAGCCGCGAAGGCACCCGGAAGCUGCGCAACAUCAAUGGCAUCCUGGUGCAGCACCCAGACAGUGGCGGAGGCAAGGAGGAGCCCGACUGUCUGGAGGUCAAAGAGAUUCCCAACGCACCACGAGGCCUGACCCAUGGCAAGAGCUCGAAGGUACGCCGGCAAGAAGGUAUCUCCCGCUUCUACAUCAUCCAGGUGGUGUUUCGCAAUGCCCUGGAGAUCGGCUUCCUUGCGGGGCAAUACUUUCUGUAUGGUUUCAGUGUGCCGGGCAUCUUUGAAUGUGACCGCUACCCUUGCUUGAAGGAGGUGGAAUGCUACGUGUCGCGCCCCACUGAAAAGACGGUUUUCCUGGUGUUCAUGUUCGCUGUGAGCGGCAUCUGUGUAGUGCUCAACCUUGCCGAGCUCAACCACCUUGGCUGGAGGAAGAUCAAGGCAGCGAUCCGCGGCGUGCAGGCACGCCGGAAGUCCAUCUGCGAGAUCCGCAAGAAGGACAUGGCUCACCUGUCACAGCCACCCAACCUGGGCAGGACCCAGUCUAGCGAAUCUGCAUACGUCUGAUCCUCCCUAUACCCAUCGCUUGGGCAACUGUGGGCGGAAUGUAUGAAUGGUCAAAGUAAGGGAGAGGGAGUGGCUCUACUAAGCCACACCCCAUUUCCACAAGCCACUCCCUCCCUCUGACUGAGAAUGAGAAGGAAAUGAGUGCGGUGUUGGGCUGUUGAAUGAAGGGGGACGAUUGAGGAGAGUUGAGAAGACCUGGAUUCUUGGUCCUGGAAAAUAUCAAGUAAAAUAGGGCCAGGAGAGGACAGAAGAGCGGAAGGGCCAUCAGGGCAACGUGAUGGAUAUCCACGGCAACGUGCUGAAGGAACAACAAGUUCUUGGAACAGCUCCUCUUCGUUUCUGGAGAGGUAUAGAGGGGGAGGGAAUGGGAGAGCGUCACAGCCGUUCCUGCCAUGAAUCACCACCAUGGAACUGGUGCCAGAGGAAAAUUACUGUUUAUGCUUGGUCUCUUGUCAAUGAAUCGUGCUAAAGAAAACAAUGAGGAUGGAUCUAAACAUUAUAGCGCUGGCAGCAGCUCCACUUUGACUCCCCUAUCUUCUCUGUAGACUCCACAGUGGCACACAGGACUAUACCUCAGCUUGACAGUGCCCUUCCAGAAGACCCUCGCUGUCUCCAUUUCGAUCUAGCAACCCUCCACCUUCCCUUUGUGCAAGCAAGAGAGCAGGAAUGUUAGAGAAUUGAACGAAGAACUCUUGUUAUAUUAUUAUACUUUUUGUGACAUGACUCGGUGCCAUCAUUUUAAAUGACUUUUCUGUUUCGAUUAUAUAUCAUAUUUAGUUACCAAAUCACUAUCUAAGUAGAUUCAUUUAUCUUUAUGGGGGAAAUGCUCAAGACUAUUAUUUAUUCAGAGAUUUCAUAUAUACAAAUGAUUAUUGUUUCAAAGCUUUUCUUUCUACCGACACUGAUUUUAUAAGAAAAAAAGGAGACGUAAAGGUAUUUGAAAAGGCAUGUUUACAAAGCACUAUGGAAACGUGUUGUUUAUCGUGAGUGAAGAGAGACUUUAGCGUGUUUUCAAUUCCAUUUUUAUGAGCUCGCUUUCUUCGUCCGUCGUGUUGGUCCGCAUGCCUUUAUGAGAAGAGAAAAGAAAAGAUGUCGGGGAGGGAUACGCGUAUGUAUGCAUGUAUGCGCUGCACUUUGUUUAUGAGAGAGACUGGGGGGACUCACCGUGGGAAGGGCUCACUCUUGUAGCGAGGCACAUCGUAGUCCACUGGCCAAGCAGACAGAGAAUAGAGGACUUAGAAGCAGCCUUCAGUGUUAUUCAACAAGAAGUGACACGCACAAGCUCAACCUCUUAGAAGAAAGUCUUUUUUUGGCCUUUAGUGGAAAAAUUUGGUUUAAAUGAGUGACGGUACUCAGUAUACCACUCCACUGCUUAGUGUCUUUGCAGAGAGAAUAGAGAGCGGGUGUAUGGGAGCAGAAUCAAAUGCAGCAGUUCGAGAAUCAGCUGGGAGAGAAUUCAAAGUAUUACAUAAACUGUGGCGUAAGUAUUCGUCCUUCACAGAGAGAGGAAAAAAUUUGAGACUUUCCGUGUUCUGUAUCAUUUUGCUGGUUUGUGCACUGCCCCCUAGUGGACAUGUGCAAGUAUUUUGGCGGACACCUAUGCGAAAGUCUGAGCAUGCCAUGCUCACAAAUAUGCAAACACACCAAAGUGGAAACCAGCCUUAAAUUGUAGCUUAAUCAAUUUAAAUCACAUUCGGCUUGCGACAACUGAAAACGUCAUACUAAGUGAACUUUACAGCGCCCAGAUUUAGAAGAAGCCAGCGCCGUCAUGUGGGCCAUCACUCAUUCGCUUUCAGGGUUGGUAGAGAAAAACAAGAUUCCUAAAACUGCCAAUUUCUCCAGGUUUAAUCUCAUUUAGAUUCCUGUCCAGGUGGGCUGUGAUACCUCAUCAGUCCCCUGUGUGCCACAGGUUAAAGCAGGGCACAAGGUCUCAAACUCUUGGAGCUACUGUUCCAUUCAGACACAAUUAGCCCUGCCUUAGACACACUUGAGCAGAAGUGCUUGAGCCAGCACUCUCAAUUGCCCCCCCUCCCCCCAAACAAACAACCCCCCCCCACUCCGACUCGCUCUCCAAGUGCAGAGAAGAGCAGUGACAGACACCAAUGAAAGAGCGCAGAGACAAGCCAGUGCAACUAGUGUGGACAGGCCCUCAGACAAACCACAGGCCGAGAGAAAAAUACUGCCAGGAGAGACGGAUAGAGAGAGAGAGAGAGAGGGAGAGGGAGAGGGAGAGAGAGAGAGAGAGAGAGAGAGAGAGAGAGAGA